AUGGGUGAUGAUUCGAAUAAGGUGUUUUCAUAUUCUGAUACAAAGAAAAUAUCUGAAAUUCUUAAAGAAGUUUCAUUCAUCGAUGAUUUUUCCAAGAAAUCAUCGAAGCUGGAAUUUUAUGUUCAUGCAUUGGAACUAGAAAUGACAAAAAUUGAUGCUUUCAAGCGUGAACUUCCUCACUCCAUGAGCCUGUUAAAGGAUGCGAUUGAGAGAUUAAAGGAAGAGGGAUUGCAGUGGAAGGGAAAAGAUGUGGAACCAGUGAUUGACAAGAAGAAUUGGAUGAGUUCUGCUCAGCUGUGGAGCACUCCUGUUCACUAUGGGAAUAAUUUUGAUAUCAGAAAUCAAGACUCCAUUUUGCACCAAAAACUAUGCAGUGAAUUGUUUCAUAGAAAUUUAGUUGAUUGCACCUCUGCUGCUGUUGGAGCUUUGGCUACACCAAAGCAAAUUAGAGAACACAUGAAAGUAGAUGGCCUGACCAAUGAUGAAGUGAAAAGCCAUUUGCAGAAAUACAGGCUUCAUAUCCGUAAGCUUCCUACUUCAUCGACUGAUGUGUCGAGUUGCUCGCGGUUAACGCAAGAUCCAUGCAAGGCUAUUGUUGCACAAUCUGGCUCCCCACAAAGCCCUCUGCAUCCGGGAGGGUCACCUAAAGGGCUCUCAGCCACCGAUCGAGGCAGCAUGGAAGAAGAGGAUGAUAAGUCAGAAAGCCAUAGUUGGAAGGGUCUGCUUCACAAGCCAGUUGACGAACAGUAG